AAGAAGUCCCAUUCUGGAUCCUGGUACAUUCCUAUGUCCAAGCUACUAGUAUAUAAGGUUGGUAAAAUCAGCAUGUCAUGUUCGAUUAUACUACUAGCUCUAUCCUCAACUUUGAACUCAAAACCCCCUCAAACUGAACUCUAUUUCAAUCACAUACCUCAAUAUGCGCAUUGGAUUUGUUUUCUGUGCAAUCAGCACCCUUGUCAUACUUCCUCUCGGCCAAUGUCGGCCGCUUGAUGCUAGCUGCUGCCAACUACAGGCACUUGACACCCGUCUUGAGAGCCUUCUACAUUUCAUGGAUCAGGCUCACACUGAAGACCAAAACGUCUAUCCCAAUGACAGGAUAGAAAAAUUACAUGGAGCCCGCCCCCUGAUCGAAUACUCGAGCGAUUCAAUGCACCAAAUGAAAGAACAGCACUGCAGCAGAGUUGAUCAAGGAGAUGAGACAAUUAGCCGUCGUCAGACAACCCAUGAAAUGCUACUUGAAACUCUUCUAGAGACUUUGGAUUAUGUACUUAAGGGUGGCACCGACCCAACUCAAUCUUGAAGCUGGUAGUAGGGAAGCAAGCGACGAUCCAAGAAUCAUUACUGCUCUUUCGUACUUUGUUGGUAAACAUGUCUGAG